CUCGCCAUCGUCACCACUCGUAGGCCGCCAUCACUGCACAAGACGAUGCCCUCCACGCCCCUCGCCUGCUUCUGGCAUCUCCAAUCCUCCCCCAGUGCGGCUUCCGGCUAACACGUCCCCUCUGCUGGGACAAGCACGCACUCCGCCACUCGCCUACCUUUCCAUUUGAUCAACAAUUACUUGCUUAUCAAUCUCCAUACUCAACACCAAUCCGCCACCUUCACAACCACCACCACCACCAUAAUGGCUGCGGCCACAGCGCGAGCCCACGAGGCCGACGCCAACCCGGCCACUGAAGUUUCGCUGGGCCAGAAGAUGCUGUCCGCUGUAUCCGGCAGUCUGCUCACUUCGUUGCUGGUAACACCCCUCGAUGUCGUCCGCGUGCGAUUACAAUCACAAGAGGCCGCCCCGAGCGCUGCCUUCUCACGACCCAGCGGAGCCACUGGCCCGUCACUAACACAGUUUCGCGAUCUGCCCCCCAACCUCGGCAUAUCGGCAUGUUGUCGAGAAGUCUUUUGGGUCAACAACAAAGCACCCUUCUGUGUAGCUGGACCCACAAUGGCACCUAUCAACCCCGCCGACUUGCACUGCGCUGUAGAAGAGGUGGAGCGGAGAACCAUCAACAGCACAUGGGACGGCUUGCGCAAGAUUGCGCAGAACGAGGGGCCCCGCACACUCUGGCGGGGGCUGUCUCCAACUCUCGUCAUGACAGUUCCAGCAAACGUCAUCUACUUUGCUGGUUACGACUGGCUACGCACAGCCAGUGCAUCACCGUUGCGCCAGAACAUAGCCGAUCCCUAUAUACCUCUCGUCGCUGGAGCCACCGCCCGCGUCCUUGCCGCCAUCGCCGUCAGUCCCAUUGAAAUGUUUCGAACAAGAAUGCAGGCCGCAAACCAUCCGGCAACCGCUGCUGGACACUUUCGUGAGACAUUGGACGGUCUCAGGAACAUGGUCGCCAGCCAAGGUGUCUUCAGCCUCUGGAGAGGUCUCACUUUGACCCUUUGGCGUGACGUGCCCUUUUCAGCCAUUUACUGGUGGGGUUAUGAGACUACGAGGAACACCCUGACAGACCAAAGAGGAAGAAGAGUUGCAAGAGACGAAGGGUUCGAAUUCCGCAUGGGCCGAGGUGAAGAAAGAGUACGAAGAAGAAGCCGAUCAAGAAGCCAGGAAAACCACCGCGAUACCCUGGUGGAUAGCUUCGUCGCGGGUGCUACCUCAGGAGCAGUGGCCGCCUUUGUCACAACGCCUUUUGACGUAGGAAAGACACGGCAGCAAGUCGUGCGCCAUAUGGGAGACAAUGCGCGCGACGUCGCCAGAGCACGCCCAGAGGACCAGUCCAUACCACGCUUCCUGAUGCACAUCUAUCGCGAACAAGGUAUGCCUGGCCUGUUUAAGGGCUGGGCUGCUCGUUGUCUGAAAAUCGCCCCGGCCUGUGCCAUCAUGAUUAGCUGCUACGAGUUCAGCAAGAAGAUCGCCCUCGACAUGAAUGAACGACGAGAACAGGAAUCCCGACACGCUUGAGCCUCAGGGCAUGUCAUUGUCUAUAUUCUUUUCUGGCUCGUGUAAUUACUUGUACGCAUUGUAUAUCAUAUUUUUUUCUUGUAGCGGGGCAUUGGGGAUGGCGAAAAAAACCCACUCACGGUUGCAUAAUCGGCGUUGACUGCAAAGGUGGGCGACUUUGAUUGUGAAAGGACUGAAAAAGUUCUUCCUCAGCCUGUCUUGGACAUGCUUAUUGUAUUAUGAAAUAGUCAAUUAGUAAUCAAAACUCAUGUUAACUCAGCUUAGCAGUGUCAGU